UCUUGAUGCUGGGCUGUGUUAGAGGGAGUAAAGAGUUGGGUGAGAGAGAGACAGACAGAGAGAAAAUUAAGGAACGCUGCUGAGAUAUUGAGCUCAGUUUCAUUUUGGCCCCAUGGCUCUGUGGAAGCUAAUCCUCAGCAUUCUAAUGACCCUCAGCAUACCGGGAUCAGCUCAAGGGAGCAAGUUUACCAAGUUCAGGGAACCAUAUUUAAGGAAGGCCAGCAGCUUCUCAUCAGAACUACCUCAAGUUCGCUAUGACUACAUUAUAGUAGGAGGGGGCACAGCCGGGUGUCCUUUAGCUGCUACUCUUUCUCAAAAUUACAGUGUGCUGCUGCUAGAAAGGGGAGGAUCACCUUAUGGCAAUCUCAACAUUUCUCGUAUGCAAAAUUUCCAUAUCUCCUUGGCUGACACCUCCCCUAGUUCCCCUUCACAGCCAUUUAUCUCCACCGACGGCGUCAUCAAUGCCCGUGCCCGUGUUUUGGGUGGCGGGUCAUGUAUUAAUGCUGGUUUCUACACCAGAGCAAGCACUAGCUAUGUAAAGAAUGCUGGUUGGAACGAUGAAUUGGUGAAUCAAUCGUACCCCUGGAUUGAAGAGCGAAUCGUCCACAAGCCAAAACUUGCACCGUGGCAAGUAGCAGUGAAAGACGGACUUCUACAAGCCGGAAUAUCCCCUUUCAAUGGAUACACCUAUGACCAUCUUUAUGGUACCAAGGUCGGUGGCACAAUCUUCGAUGAGCGUGGGUUUCGAACCACUGCUGCCAAUCUUCUCUCCUCUGGCAAUCCCAAGAACCUCAAUGUCUUGCUUUAUGCCACUGUCCACAAAAUUCUCUUCAAUCAACCAAAAGGAAGGAGACCAAAGGCCAUAGGGGUUAUUUUCAAAGAUGAAAAUGGUCAAGAACACCGAGCAUUUCUCAGGAGAGGAAGAAGGAGCGAAGUAAUUGUGUCAUCGGGUACACUUGGCAGUCCUCAGCUACUAAUGCUGAGUGGGAUUGGCCCCAAAAAGGAUCUUAAGAGGCUGAACAUACCCGUGCUUAUCCAUAACAUGCACGUAGGAAAAGGAUUAUCCGAUAAUCCCAUGAAUUCCAUCUUCAUACCGACCAAGAAACCUGUCGAGCAAUCCCUCAUUCAGACUGUUGGGAUCACCAAGAUUGGCACUUUCAUCGAGGCCAGCAGCGGGUUCGGCCAGUCCUCGGACAGUAUCCCAAGAUUGGCACUUUCAUCGAGGCCAGCAGCGGGUUCGGCCAGUCCUCGGACAAUUGGGCAGCUCUCGACCCUCCCUCCGAAGGAGAGAACUCUUGCAGCAGCCAAGGAGUAUGCAAGAGCUAAGAAGGACCUCCCUCGUGAAGCAUUUCAAGGCGGGUUCAUACUAGAAAAGAUCGAUGGCCCGCUCUCCAAAGGCCACCUCACUCUCAUAGAUUCCGACGUCAACACUACUCCAAACGUCACCUUCAACUACUUCAAGCAUCCCUAUGAUCUUGAACGUUGCGUUUAUGGAAUUCGUACCAUUGAACGAGUAGUGCGAACCAAACACAUUGCUGAUUUAACCAACGACUACGCUUAUUCGAAUGAAGUGUUGCUUAAUAUGAGCGUGAAGGCUAAUGUGAACUUGAUACCUAAACAUACUAAUGAUACAGUGUCUCUUGAGCAGUUUUGUAGGGAUACUGUGAUUACUAUAUGGCAUUAUCAUGGAGGGUGCCAUACAGGGAAGGUGGUCGAUAGAGAUUACCGGGUUAUUGGAGUUAAUGGGUUGCGGGUUAUUGACAGUUCGACGUAUGUGAAUUCACCCGGGACAAAUCCUCAAGCCACAGUCAUGAUGAUGGGCAGAUACAUGGGGGUCAAGAUGCUGAGGAAGAGAUUGGGAAGAGAAGCAGGGGUGUGAAUUUGCUGAUUGAGGUGUUAAUUUGUUGUGUUUUACGUGAAAGGGACUAGAUACUGUACUAUUCUUGCUGUAAUUCGGCUUGAAGCAUAUGUGUUGAUAUAGAUUUUUGUUUGUGUUUUUUGAGUGAUUUAGAUA